AUAUAUGAAUGUACGACUUUCUGAAUCCGUUGAUAAAUCACCAUCUUUACAAUGCAAACGUUUACAAAAAUGGAACUUCAGAGCCAUAGACAUUGAAGGAAAAAUAUGACUCUGAUCACCGAAAUAAAAGGACAUUAGCUGGGAAAUUCCGAGGUUUAUUGACACAGGAUAACUGUCUUAAUCAAUUAGAUCCGUUGAUAGUUUAAUAGAACCAAAAGUACUAAACAUUUAAUAUUACAUUCUCUGCCUUAUACCAGCUAUAAUGAAGGUUCUGAGGAUAGUCUACGUUGUGUCGAUAUUCCUCAUAAGUAAAAGUCUAUCUUCAAAGUGUACAACAACUAGAACCGGAAAUGAUGUGUUUACGGAUUGUCAUGGAAGGGCUUUCCGGAAUGUGCCUAGAAAUAUUCCUAACGAUACCACAUAUUUGGACAUGUCUGACAAUAAGUUGCCCAUUAUUUUAAACUUCUCAUUUUCCGGACUAAAACAUGUUUCUAGUUUGAAAUUAUUAUCCGCUCAGAUAUCAGUUAUCGAGUCAAAAGCGUUUUCUGGAUUAGUUAAACUGACUUCAUUGGACUUGAGCAAGAACUUUCUUGGUAUACAUUCUCUACCGGAUCAUGUAUUUGAUUCCUCGUCUGUUUUGAGGAUUUUAGAUUUAUCUCAGAACUACUUCCGUCAUUAUCCAGAGAAAGUUUUAGAAAAAUUAUCAAACUUAGAGAGAUUAUCAAUCAAUGGUAUUAACAACCAAAUUUUUGGGAACGGAUUUCGUUCUCUCCGUAAAUUAAUAUAUCUUAAUUUUGACCCGUGUAUAAUAACUAGGAUAGACAACAACACAUUCGAUGCUUUUAAGAAUAUACAACUGAAGGAACUGAUUCUUGAAUGUAAGAUAACGUAUGUGGAAGCAGGUGCUCUCAGCCCAUUUCAGUCAUUAGAAAGUCUCGAUAUUUCAAUGAACUUGCAUGUCAGGGUGUCUAAUCUUCUUGAAUUACUGAACGGUCUUAUGGACAGAAAUAUAACAUCAAUAAACUUUAGACACAAUUUCAGAACUUCCGCAGCUACUGACGUAUUGUUGGCGUCACAGUUUUCAAUGCUUGGAGCAGUCUGCGUGAAAGAAGUCGACUUGACUCGUAACCAAAUAAGUGUUAUACAGGCGGGAGGAAUACAUCUAAUGAAACAUAAACAUUGUCUAGAAAAACUUAUUCUUAAAGAAAAUGAAAUUUCUGGUGAACGAACUACUCUUCUAGAAAUGGCUCAACUGAUAAACUUACGCUGGUUGGAUAUAUCGAAUCAAGCCACGAUACUCGUCAAAACGAAAGUUAAGAAAAACAAAUAUUAUGGACGUCGUUUAGAUAUCACAGGUACAAAAUAUUCCUCUGGCCGAAUAACGUAUUACUUUCAAUUACCACAUAAUUUGCAAUAUCUCGAUAUAUCAUAUAUUGGUGUAAAAGGUACUGGUUUAAGUAAUAUAAAUUUAACAAAUGCUGAUAAACUUGAUAACAUGAAUCUAGCUGGUAAUAAAUUCAAACAUUGUCUUGGCCAUUUCUAUGGACUCCCACAUUUACAAACAAUUGACAUAUCGGAUUUUAAUUGUAGUUACCUUGAUCUCAAUAUGAUCAGUUUUAUGCCAAAUCUAAAAACACUGAUUAGCAGAAGAACACAUUUAAAUGUCGGAUUGCAAAAUGAUAUAAAUGGUGAUUUUUUAAAACAAUUAUUUGGGCUGAGACAUAUUGACUUCUCAGACAAUGGGUUUAUUACAUUCAAUCAAAACAUGUUCAUAUCGCAGUACCGUUCACUCAUUUCAUUAGACUUAUCAAAAAACAAGUUUUCCAAAUUCCCAAUUCAUAUCAGCAAAUUUUCAAAUUUGAUGAAAUUAAGUCUCGUGCAGAAUCAGAUUGCUCUUCUGCAGAAAUCUGAUAUGAACCAACUGGAGAACUACCAACGUGAGAAUAAUAUUAAAUUUGAGCUUCUUUUGAAUGACAACCAUUUCGUUUGCAAUUGUGAUUCGAUCGAUUUUGUGAAAUGGCUUCAGGAAACAAAAGUGACACUAGAUGAAAACCGUAACUACUCGUGUGUUUAUAUUGAUAACAGCCUAAAAUCAACAGUUUAUGCAUACAAACAUCUUGAAUUCAUCGAAAGUAAAUGUCUCAGUAAGACAUGGCUUAACAUAACGAUAAUCCUUGUGGUUGUUAUUCUUUUCAUUUUCACAUCAAGUUCCAUAGCAUACAAAUAUAGAAUAACUCUGCAUUUUUUGCACCUUCAUAUCCGCCGGAAGUACCGCCAUUACACAGCACUGGAAGGAGAUUCUAAAGAGUACAAGUAUAAUGCAUUUGUUGCUUAUUGUAAUGAAGACGAAGAAUGGGUUUGUGGGCCUCUCGUUAAUUAUUUGGAAAAGACAAAUGGUUUGGCGUUAUGUUUACACGAUAGAGAUUUUGCAGCUGGGAAGCUUAUUAUGGAUAAUAUCAUAGACGCCAUUUUUGAAAGCAAAAAAGUAGUUCUUGUUAUCAGUCAUGAAUUCUUGAAAAGUUCAUGGUGCGAGUUUGAACUUGAUAUGGCGAGGAUGAAAAUGUUUCAAGACAACAGAGAUAUGUUGGUCGUUGUCCUGUUGGACAAACUUUCUACAUCACAAAUGCCAAUCUCUUUACAGAGAAUUUGGAACAAAGUGACUUGUUUAGAAGUUGACGAAACAAUUUGUACAAAUCAAAAUGACAAUUUUGAACAUUUAUUUUGGAAAAGAUUAUAUGAAGCAGUCGUAAUGUAAAAUAAAAUCUAAUAAAAAGUUAA